GCGGCAGUUUCUUUUUCAAUUUCAUUUCCAAACGCUAAGUUAGGUUAUAAUUUUCAUUUUUACUUCUGCAAAGUAUUGAAAAUGGAAAAUGAAACGAAAGAAAAUGCAAAUGCACACGACGAUUCAAUACUUAAAAAAGGUCGCCAUCGAAAAAAGCAACUCUACAAUUCCAUUUUGCAGCAAAUGGAAUUUUAUUUUAGCGACUCUAACCUCACCAAAGAUAGAUUUCUAUCUCAAUUAAUAAAGGAGAAUCCUUUUGUCGACCUGAACGUAUUUUUGAAAUUUAACAAAAUUACUAAACUCACAACCAGCAUAGAUGAUAUCCAAAAAGCUGUACAAAAGUCGCAGUUAAUCGAAUUAUCAGAAGAUCGUAGUAGAAUUCGUCGUACAAAACCGGUUAAAGAAAAGGCUAACGUUGAUGAUUGUACGAUUUAUGUAGAACGCCUAAAAUCCGAUGCAACUCAUGAAUGGUUGAACUCUGUUUUUUCUGAAUUUGGAAAUGUGGUCUACGUUUCUAUACCAAAAUACAAAAACAAUAGUGCCAUAAAGGGUUUUGCUUUUGUCGAAUUCGAGAAAGAAAAGGAAGCGCAAAAUGCUUUAAAUUACUUUGAAAGCAUUGGCUGCAAAAUGCCGUCAAAUACAGAACCAGAAACUCUUUGUAGUAUUAAAACAUUUGAAGAAAGUAAUGAACAAUCUGAGGCUUCCUCUAAAAAUUCUACACUGAAGCCAAAAUCUGGAGAAGACGAAAAGGCAACAAAAAAGCGAAAACUUGAAGACAAUAGUGAGAAUAGCGAAAAACUAGAUAGUGAACACUGUGAGAGUAAAGCGGAGGAAAAAAUAAGAAAACGAAAACUUGAAGAAAGUGAAUCCGGCGAAAGUGAAGAAAAAGGGAAAAAAAUGAAAGUCGAUGAUAGUAAGCACACUGAAGAAAAUGAUGAACACAGUGAAAGUGACGAAAAAGAAAAAAAUUCAAAACAUGAUACUGGAGACGUUUCUGAGUCGGACGAUGCCGAAAAUAAGAAAAAGAAGAAAUUGAAAAAAGAACACAAAAAGAAAAAUUACAUAAAAGAAUUGGGCCUCCAAGUGUUAUCAAAAAAAGAGUGGAAAAAGAUGCGAAAUCGGUAUCUAGAUUUACAAAAGAAGAAAAUGAAAGAGUUUAAAAAACACCUUCUAAAAGCCAAGUUUAAUCAACCAAAUUAUGAACAAAAGUCGAAAACUCCCACUGCUAAGACUGAACUCAACAAAGAGGAUUUUACCAAGGGACUUAUUGUAAAAAUAAAGCUAACCGAAGCUACCCUGGAUAUAAAGAAACUUAAGAAUGAAAUUAAAACUUCUUCAGCUGAUAUAUUGUACGUAGAUAUUCCAAACCCUGGCAGUGAGAACAUUUAUGUAAGAUUUAACACCACGGAGGGCGCUAAAAAUUUUUGCUCCCAAGAAUCUUUUGGCAAAAAAGAGGUAUUAACAGGACAGGAAGAAUCUUCAUAUUGGGAAAAAAUUAAAACAGAUCGUGAGGAUAAACUAAACAAAGCAAAAAAGAAACAACGUGGUAGAGACAAACUGUUAAAGAAAGCAAAACAUACAAAAUUUGAUGAUUAAGGUUUUGUUUUCAGUUUAAAUUUUUUUUAAAUAUUCUUUAUUUAUUAACUUUGUCAAACAGUGGCACCAUCCAUUUCGUGUUGUUUGCUGACAUAUUCACACAAAAAUUUGAAAUAACCUGUAGUUCUUAUUUUUCAUAGAUCUAUUUUCGUAAUAAAAAUUUCAUACACUUAAUGGAACAAUUGCCAACCACAAAAAACAUUGGUCACAAUUUCAAGUCUACCACCUCUUGCCGCCGCCGCCCCCUCCUCGGCCGCCGCCAAAUCCACCCCCACGACCACCUCUAAAACCGCCGCCGCCCCCACGACCCCCACGUCCACCGAAAUUGCCGCCUCCUCUUCCUCCAAACCCGCCGCGAUUGCCGCCCCCUCUGCCACCACCGCGGCCUCCGCCACCCCCACGACCUCCCCCUCGACCGCCUCGUUUCUGGACUGAGCCUGGGGGCUUCGGUAGGAAUCUUUGAAGUGGUAACAACUUCGCAGGAUCAAUAAACAACUGCAAAACAUUAUUUUAGAUGUGUGAAUGGUAAGUGAAUUUUUUUAUACCUUUUGAUUCUUUUUAAAACUGCUAGCUUUUAUGUCGUCUCCGAGACGUAUCGAAACGUAAUAAUCUCUGAGAUUUCCAAAAAUUUCAUCAAUUUUUCCGAUUUGUUCCUUAUUUUCGAGGUAAAUCGGCGCAUUGAAAAAUGGAACGUCUUCUAUUUCUACUUUAGCAACUAAAUCAUCUUGUACGGUGUAAUCGAAGUAGCCCAAAGGAAUCACUCUCUCAGGAGGGCCUUGAUCAUAGUUUCGCCCGCCGCCCCCGCGACCACCAAAACUAUUUCUCCCGCCGCCUCCACCAAAAUUUCGAGCGCCGCCGCCCCCACGACCACGACCUCCAAAGCCGCCACCACCGCCGCCUCGGCCACGAAAAGACAUUUUGUUUCACUCCUCAAAUAAUUAGAAACGUAAAAGAGCGUCCCUUUGUAAACACGUGGUUUACACUAAAUUUUCAGUGCGGCAACAUAACCUCUCCUGCAAACGUAACCUCCAACUGUAAACACUCCUAAACUUUGGGCCCUCUAGGAGUUUUCUGAGUUACCAUCAAAACAGAAAACUGUAAAGUUAGAAGAUGAAGCUAUAACUUCAAACCACAUGUGUAUAAUUAGUUGCAUACUUUGAGGGAAAAAAACAUUUUAUUUUUAAAUUAACCUUGAACAAAAUAUUGCUACGCCCCACACUUCCCAUUGGUUUCCUUUCUUGUUGAAAUAACCAUUUAAAGCUGAUUCUAGCAACAGUGCAUAAUUAUUAAUUAUUUGACUUCGUUCUGGGAAAGGUUCCAUUGCGAAUAUAGCCAGUGAUUAACAUUUUCCAACAAUUAUUAUCAUCUG